AUGGUUUCCCAUUUCAUGGGGUCUCUCAGUGUCCUGGCUUCCCUGCUGCUGCUUGGAUUCCAGCUCGUCUGCCCACAUCCAUCCACUGAGCACAGAAAGGUCCCGCAGCGGAUGGCAGCGGCCGAGGGCGCCCCCGAGGACGGCGGCGGUGGCGUCCCGGGCGUCUGGGGCGCUUGGGGCCCCUGGUCCGCCUGCUCGCGCAGUUGCAGCGGCGGCGUGAUGGAGCAGACGCGGCCUUGCUUGCCCGGAUCUUACCGCGCGCGCGGCGGCCCGCGGCCUGGAGCCCCGGCGCGCGCCUUCGCCGGCCACGUGGUGUCGGCUGUGCGCACGUCGGUGCCCCUGCACCGGAGCCGCGAGGAGUCGCGCGUCCCCGCCGGCCUCAACGCCAGCCGCCAGGGCCCGGUGCUAAGGGGCAGCCGGCACCCCCAGGCGCGAGUACGAGAACCCACGGCAGACAGAAGCGGCAGAACCCGAGGUCCCAUCGGCCCUGGCACGUAUGGCUAUGGGAAGGCCCCGUACAUCUUACCACUGCAGACGGACUCCGCACACUCACCGCAGAGGCUUCGGAGACAGAAGCCUUCGUCCCGGCAAUCGAGGUCCCAGGGAGCAUCUGGUCCUAGCCAUGGCUAUAGCCCACCAGGCCUCCGGGCCCCCCACCGUGGACCUCUGUACCAGAGUGACAGUGGCUCUCGUUCUGGACUGCAGGCCUCAGAGACCUCCAUCUACCAGCUCCCUUUGACCUAUGACCAAAGCUUCCCUGCAGCUUCAAGCCUCUUCCACAGCCCAGAAACGAGCAGCAGCCAUGGCAUGGGACCCCCUAGGGCAGCCCAGAGCUUUGCCCCGCCAGCCCGGUCCGCAGCCAUCUCCUGCAUUGGGGCCUAUCGCCAGUACAAGCUGUGCAACACCAAUGUGUGUCCAGAAAGCAGUAGAAGUAUUCGGGAGGUACAGUGUGCAUCCUACAACAACAAGCCGUUCAUGGGUCGCUUUUAUGAAUGGGAACCAUUUGCCGAAGUAAAGGGCAAUCGGAAGUGUGAGUUGAACUGCCAGGCAAUGGGCUACCGCUUCUACGUGCGGCAAGCUGAGAAGGUCAUUGAUGGUACUCCCUGCGACCAGAACGGCACAGCCAUCUGCGUGUCUGGGCAGUGCAAGAGCAUCGGCUGUGACGACUACCUAGGCUCGGACAAAGUAGUGGACAAGUGCGGGGUGUGUGGAGGCGAUAACACGGGCUGUCAGGUUGUGUCGGGCGUGUUCAAGCACGCCCUCACCAGCCUGGGCUACCACCGCGUGGUUGAGAUUCCCCAAGGAGCCACAAAAAUCAACAUCACCGAGAUGCACAAGAGCAACAACUACUUGGCCUUGCGAAGUCGUUCUGGCCGCUCCAUCAUCAAUGGGAACUGGGCAAUUGACCGGCCUGGAAAAUAUGAGGGCGGAGGGACCAUGUUCACCUACAAGCGUCCGAAUGAGAUUUCGAGCACUGCAGGAGAGUCCUUUCUGGCCGAAGGUCCCACUAAUGAGAUUUUGGAUGUCUAUAUGAUACAUCAGCAGCCUAACCCAGGAGUCCACUACGAGUAUGUUAUCAUGGGGACCAAUGCCAUCAGCCCACAGGUGCCACCUCACAGGAGACCAGGGGAGCCCUUCCAGGGCCAGCGGCUCGCAGAGGGGAGGAGCCAGGAGCGGGGAGAAGGGAAGGAGAGGACUGAGGGGAAGGAGGACUUGCACGGUGGUGCACCUGAAAUUUUCACCUCGGAAUCAGCACAGACCUUCCCAGUCCGGCAUCCGGAUAGAUAUUCUUCCCACCGGCCAGACAGUGUGGUGCCAUCAGCACCACAGCCCCCACGACGAAGCCGGGACCACAACUGGAAGCAGCUCGGCACAACGGAGUGCUCCACAACCUGUGGGAAAGGGUCGCAGUAUCCUAUUUUUCGCUGUGUGCACAGAAACACUCACGAAGAGGUUCCUGAGAGCUACUGUGACUCCAGCAUGAAGCCGACCCCCGAGGAGGAGCCCUGCAACAUCUUCCCCUGCCCGGCCUUCUGGGACAUCGGAGAGUGGUCAGAGUGCAGCAAAACCUGCGGCCUGGGCAUGCAGCAUCGCCAGGUUCUGUGCCGCCAGGUGUACGCCAACCGCAGCCUGACUGUGCAGCCCUACCGCUGCCAGCACCUGGAGAAGCCCGAGACCACAAGCACCUGCCAGCUCAAGAUCUGCAGCGAGUGGCAGAUCCGCACGGACUGGACCUCGUGCUCGGUGCCCUGUGGAGUGGGGCAGAGGACCCGAGACGUGAAGUGUGUGAGCAACAUCGGAGAUGUGGUUGAUGACGAGGAAUGCAACAUGAAGCUCCGGCCGAAUGACAUUGAGAACUGUGACAUGGGACCCUGUGCGAAGAGUUGGUUCCUAACUGAGUGGAGUGAAAGGUGCUCGGCAGAGUGCGGGGCAGGAGUGCGGACGCGCUCAGUGGUCUGCAUGACCCACCACGUCAGCAGCCUGCCGCUGGAGGGCUGUGGGAACAACCGGCCAGCAGAGGCCACCCCGUGUGACAAUGGGCCCUGCGCAGGCAAGGUGGAGUGGUUUGCAGGGAGCUGGAGUCAGUGUUCCAUAGAGUGUGGGAGCGGGACCCAACAGAGGGAGGUGAUUUGUGUUAGGAAGAAUGCAGACACCUUUGAAGUGCUGGACCCCUAUGAAUGCUCUUUCCUGGAGAGACCCCCCAGCCAGCAAUCCUGCCACCUCAAGCCUUGCGGGGCCAAAUGGUUUAGCACCGAGUGGAGCAUGUGCUCCAAGAGCUGCCAGGGUGGCUUCCGGGUCCGCGAAGUACGCUGUCUGUCAGAUGGCAUGACCCUCAGUAAUCUCUGUGAUCCUCAGCUGAAACCAGAAGAGAAAGAAUCAUGUAACCCUCAGGACUGUGUCCCUGAAGUCGAUGAAAGCUGCAAGGACAGGUACUACAACUGCAACGUGGUGGUGCAGGCCCGCCUCUGCGUCUACAACUACUACAAGACCGCCUGCUGUGCCUCCUGCACUCGUGUGGCCAACAGGCACCCGGGCUUCCUUGGGAGCAGAUAA